UUUCCCACCAGAGAGGAGGAGGAGGAGGGAGGAGAGCGGAGCUCUCAGCAGCAGCAGAAGCAGCGGUUUCUCUCUCUCUAUCUCUUUAAGAAGGUCUGUCUGAAGAGCGAAACACGCGGAGAUGAAGGAAUCACUCUGUUUACAGCAGCUUGUCUGGGGUUUCUUACCGUCCACGACCCGGUGAAGAAGAUAUACGAGAGAAACAGAAACAGAGAGAGAGUUUCAGCUGCUUUUCUUCUCCGGAGCUGGAGAGGAGAACCGCGGACAGACCCCUUCAGUCCUGCGCGGCUCUCUCUGCUCAACUACCGCUGACUUUACCCUCCGUCUCCGCUCGCGCUUCUUAUCAGGAGACAGACCGCGCGGACCGGGGGACACGAUGCGGGGGAGACGGCAGUAUUUUCCGCCCAGCUAAUCGCGCUAAUUUGGGAUUAUUGAUCGGGCUGUGCUCGGUCUUCAUUUCAGCCCGGUUUCACACAGUCCCUGACUGAGGAGCAGCUCCAUGCAUUUCAAAAGGGAGCGGAGAGCAGCGCUGUCCCGUGCUGGAUGGAUGGUUAUGGGGAAAGGAGCGCGAUCCUGGGCGCUGGAAGUCGCCAAGAUCCUCCUCGCGGUUCUCUUCUUCUUCCCAGCGGCCACUCUGCAGUGUAAGAUCCUAAAGUGUAACUCAGAAUUCUGGGCAUCCACCCCGAGCUCGGGCCCCAAGGAGGAGUUCUGCACGGCACUACGCGCCUACAACAGCUGCGUUCGUCGCACCGCCCGUACCUGUCGGGGUGAUCUAGCCUACCACUCUGCCCAGCAUGGCAUUGAGGACCUCAUGACCCAGCACAACUGCUCCAAGGAAGGCCCCACGGCCUCACCCCGCGCAAGGACGCUUUCACCCCCAGCUCCUCCCCUGCCACCGCAAACCAACAACUUCGUUCCCUCAGACGGCCCAGAGGUGUGCCACUACGAGCGCAGCCUCCCACGCCAUUCAGCGCCACCAAACUACACGCACUGCGGCUUCUUCGGGGACCCGCACCUGCGCACCUUCAACGACGACUUUCAGACUUGCAAAGUGGAGGGCGCAUGGCCGCUUAUCCACAACAAGUACCUGUCAGUGCAGGUCACCAACACCCCGGUGCUGCCCGGCUCUGCAGCCACCGCCACUAGCAAGCUGACAAUUAUCUUCAAGAACUUCCAGGAGUGCGUGGAUCAGAAGAUGUAUCAUGCGGAGACGGACGAGCUCCCGGCAGCGUUCGCUGAUGGCUCGAAGAACGGAGGUGACCGGCACGGUGCCAACACUCUUCGCAUUGUGGAGAAGGUACCCGGCCAGCAUGUCGAGAUCCAGGCACGCUAUAUCGGCACCACCAUUGUGGUCCGGCAAGUGGGCCGCUAUCUCACGUUUGCAGUGCGGAUGCCCGAGGAGGUGGUGAAUUCUGUGGAGGAUCAGGAGAAUCAGGACCUGUAUCUGUGCUUGCACGGCUGCCCUGCCAACCAGCGCAUAGACUUUAGGACCUUCCGGGGAAGGGCUGCUGAAAGCCAAGGCUCAUCUUCCAGAGCAAAGCCUGAGAGUCCUUCACACGGCUUCACAUACCAGUCGGCAAUGGCUAAGUGUAAAGAGCGCCUCCCGGUGGAGGACCUGUACUUCCACAGCUGUGUCUUUGAUCUGCUCUCCUCUGGGGACAUCAACUUCACCCUGGCCGCCUACUACGCCUUCGAGGAUGUUAAAAUGCUGCACUCCAACAAGGAGAAGCACCACCUCUUUGAAAGAGACGCUGGCCUGUUUAACUCCACCCCCAAGGGAUCUAGCAGCGCUGGCUUGCUGAUGCUCCUUACACUCGUCGCUGUUUCUGUGUGGACUGAGUUGUGCUGCUUGUGUCUGUAGUUAUGUUGUUGUUGUUGUGUGGGUUUGUUUCGUUGUCUCGUGAUGGUUGUUGGAAAGCUUUGUGUUUCUGGAAACACGGCUUUGUCCAUUGUCCACGCGUCCAGAGGCUGAACCCGAGGGCUUUCAGUCUUGUGCGUGUCAUCACACCCACCCCAGCCAUGGACUCAUCUGUGUGUUGUCAGUGAAUGGACAUCCCUUGAGCCAGAGUAGGAGCACAGUCCUGCACCGAGAGAAGUCCUGGACCUGUCACAGAGUCCGUCCGGCAGGUUCCAGGGCUGCUCAGCGAUGAGAGACUCCAGGGCUUCUGGAGACUCUGAGUGGGAUUAAAACCUAAAAAAAAACGCAGACUCCCCCUCCCUGCUCGCCUCUCCCACGUCCCCACUGAAGCAAGAUGCCGCUGAGAAAGGGGGCGCAUGGGAGGGGAUGAUCCUCUUGCAGAAAGAAGAUCGAGCUUUGGAGUUGUACGCAAGCUGUCUGGUGCCAAGACGAGAGGCCUAGCCUGCAUGCGUCUUCUGGAACAGGACAGCGGGACAGGAGCUUUUAUUAACCUCUGCUGAAGAAGGGAGUUCUACUGGAGCUGCUCAUCUUUGAUGAGGCUCCAGCUUUGGAAAGUUGGAGCAAACUUUCAAGCUUUUUCUAGAAGAAGCCCCCCCCCCCCCCCCCCCCAGCCAAAGCCAUGUCAUAUCAGUGAGUCGCAUUGUCUACAUCAGGAUUAAUGGGCCAUAACAGCAGGCCUUUCUUGUACAGUGUGUGUGUGUGUGUGUGUACUUGUGUCAAGACCCAAGUCCAAGACCAUGUGUAGCGUGAAUGUGUUGGUGAAAUUUUGUGUGUGUGUGUUUCUGCGUGUGUGUGUGUGUGUGUUCUUGUGGGAGUUGUAGGAGAAAGGAGUUUGUCUUUAUAUUGCACCCACGGUCCUAAUUUACCUCUGGCAUGGUGGUCCAUGGGUCAGUUGGAUUUUUUGCCUGCCAAAAGCUGUCUCCUGCAUAAACUGGCAGGCAGCUUGGAAACAUAAUUCUGUACGUCAGUCAAUAGGUUUUAAACACACCCAGAUGAGAAUAUCUGUGAUCUUUCAUGAUGAUGAUGUUAGUUAUAAAGGCUGUCUAAGUUCAUUCGGACUUUGAUUUCGUCGACGAACGCAGCCCAGAAUUCGCUUGAGAGCACGUAGCGAACAAGGAUCCCUUCAAAUGUGUUUACUGAGUAAAUGCCAUUGUUUAGAUGGGAAAGCUAGUCAUCCAGGCCUGUACGUUUGGCGGAGGACAAGACGGACGUGUGUUGAGCACAUGUUCUUCUGAGGAGAAAACUAAAUCUAGUCAUUUGGCAACUCGACAGCCGCCAACACACAGUGCGGCAGAGGUGGAGACGGGGAAAAAGACUGGUGGAAAGAGAUGGAAGCCUCGGCCCCCCACAGCCUGAACUAUCCUUCAUGUAGUUCGUCUUAAGUUGUUCUUAAAGAAAUAAUAAAGCCUCGCUCUCCAUUUCAAAGGGGUUGAGGGAGUGUCGACGUGGCUGUGCUGUAGGGCCCGUUUGACUCGCAACUCUCCGUAGAUCUGUGAAUUUAUGGUGGCGGCCUUUUGCCAAAGAACAAGCCCCGGUGCCAGCGAUUUCCCCGAACAGCUGAAUAUCCCCCCUGCCUCCCUCACGGGACGUUUGUGGUUCACUCAAGUAUUUGGAUUUAAACCAGACGGCCUGGUGUGUUCUGUGUACAGUACUGGAAGGUGCUGCUGCUAAACUGUAACAGGGUGGACGGACCUUUCCAGCGCAGGGCAGCCAGGCCCUGAGACGGAGUGAGGAGUUUACGUUCUCACCUGUUAUUAGGCUUUUUUAAUUCUAGAACAUUGAAUAGACAAGCAUGCACAAACACAAAGGCUUUCGCUUUAUGCAUUUCCCAAUAGAUUUGAAAUGUAAAGUGAAGCACCAAGUGGCCUGCUGUAUGUCUUAAAGCUACUUUCAACAAUCCGAACCAGGUUGCAUCAGCUGUAAUGUGAAGCAACUCACUAGUCUCGCAGAACAAUUGGUAGUACAAUUAUCAUAGUAAUCCCUAACCUGACAGCAGGAAUGCAGGAACUUUUUCUGACCUAUGAAGUCCAGACUACAUGUCCACUAACACGUCAUGUUCCAGUGUGUUUCUUAACAGUGCUCCGUUUAGAAAUGUUUUUAGAAAGAGUAAAGACCUAAAGAAGUGUAUUUAAUCAAACACAGCGAAAUGUUUGAGAUCUACUUUCUUCCAAGUAAUUUAUUUUUUACACUGUAUUGCUCUAAAGCAUGGGGUGGGCAGUUCCGUUCCUGGAGGGCCGGAUUUCUGUUUACUUCAGUUUAUUUGUUAAUUGCCAGGUUUUAACAGUUCUUUUAGACCUUAUUUACACCUGGACACUAUUUAUGUGACUAGUAUAUGGGUUUUGCCAAAUUUACACUUAGUCCGAUGAGGCUCCAGUUAGUCAGAUUUAAAUUCAGAGGUGUCAAGUUAUGUCUAAUACAAAUAUUUGUUACCUUACUUAAGUAGAAAUUUGGAUAUCUAUACUUUAUUGGAGUAAUUAUUUUAUACAAAAUUAUCUAAACUUUCUACUCCAUUUCAUUUUAGCUUGUGUUUAUUCUGGCUUCUCAUCGUAAAAAAAAAUACUAUCCAGAUAAAUCUCUCCAUCCAUGUAUUAUUGCGAUUAUAACAAAGUUCCAGUAUUGCUGUUUACACACCGCUAGUUAAAAUAGUUCCAUUGCUGCUCUGUUUGUAACUGCGCUGCUUGGCUUGUAAGCGCUGCAGCGUUGCUAGGUUACCUGUAUGUGGCCUCAGCUUAAGUUACAGUGCAUUACCGGCUGAUAAUGGCAGUCAUAAAACUUAACAUUGCAGUGUCAGAACUAACUGUGGUAUAAUUCAGCUUAGUUAAAGUAUUUUAAACCGUAGUAUCUAAACAUCUACCUGAGUAAUGAAUUUAAAUACUUUUGACACCUUUGUUUAAAUCUAUCUUCCAUGUGUGACGGAAUAUGCAAAUCUGCUCACUACUUGGCAACCAGUUGUUUAUCCAUUCAAACCUUUUCCUGUGCUGUGCUAAAUGGGAGACGGGGUGCUGUAAAAUUCACAAUUUUACAGGCCCUUUCUUUACAUGAUGAUCUUCCUCCCAGAGGUUUACACUGUUAUAAAUAACGUGGAUCAAAUGCAUCUCAAAUCUCUUCCAGAAGUGGUUUGAGUGAUUAGAUUUGUAUCUGUUUUAAAUGUGGUGCAUUUUCAUGUGGCCUGGUCUCAUCCCAAUAUAAUCCUAAUACUCCAGACACAGAAGUGAUCACCAGGUGUAAACAGAGUCUCAAAGCAGAGAAAUCUGCAAACCGUAGCGGUCUCUGGCCCUUCGUUGCCCACCCCUGCUCUAUAGGCUUCAACUACUGCUAUGGAAGCCUGUGCUGGUGCAGUCUGUUCAUGAUUAAUAAUUAAUAUUAUUAAUUCUCACUCUAACAUAAGAGCAACAAAAAAAAAGACAGAAAAGUCAAAUCUUGUGUUUAACUGUGUGCUUAGUGUUGACAGUUCUCUGUGGCUCUAACUAACUGUGUAAUAAUGUGAGUUGUACAUAAGCUUGUGAGGUGUUUGGAUUUGACAAGCAUUUUGUGUGUUUGUGUUGGAAUUUUCUAAAUCUUCUCUCUUCUUUGGUUGUGAGUGGAAAUCAGCGAAUGUUACCUUUUUAAUAUAAAGGGAUUAUCGUGUACAUGAAUACCUCCAACACCACAAACAACAAAACAUCAGCAGCGUAUCGCUAAAGACCGUAUCGUCCUAAAUCUAGGCUAAAUGCUAACAGUAAUUUAGUGUGACGUGAUAUAAGCCGUUUUGUGGUGUUUGUGUUCAUUACGGAAGCACUUUAUGUUUUUAUUUUGACGCUCUACAAGCUCUUAUUUGGUUGAACUUGAUUGUGAAUAGAAGAUUAUCAGACGUGUAAUGUUAGCGAACAAAACGAGUGAAUGGAAACAAUGAGACUUUUUUGGUGUCGAAUGGGAGAACCAGACAGAUCAAACUGGUUUUGUAUGUAGGAUUCAAAUGGUGGUGAACACCACUUAUGUAUAUACUGUAAAUUAUUUAUUGAAGAAAAAAAAUAAAAGUGUCGUGUUGAAUUCUUUGGAAA